CGAUUCUCAACUUUAGCGGCGUGCACAACUCAAUCGAGCUUCAAUUGAAAAUUAAAUUCACUUGAGAUAAUUUUUUCGAUUUCAAAAAUAUUGCAAUGCCGCCAAAAAAGCAUAAUGCCUUUAUGAUGUUUGUUCACCAAUGGCGCAACAACAAUGCAGAGGGACGCAGAAUGACGACUCCCCAAGCAGUCGCACACUGUGGUGAAAUAUGGAAAAACAUGACUGAGCAGCAACGCGGUCCAUACAGUUCUCAGGCCAAAAACGCUAACGUCGCAGCUCGAGCCAAAAGAGAGCCAAUGAACAGUUGUGGUCAGGCCAUCUCGGCUGUGGAGCAAGAAGAGCGCGAAGCGGCUGAGAAACAGAUGCAAAUGAAACUCGCCAUUGAGCGUAUUUUGAGAGACGGCAGGGAACAACAUGAUCUGGAGAACACAAAGUUUGUUUUCGCUGCCUUUAAUUAUUUUGUCAAGAAUAACGAAAGUAUUUACAUUCCGGCCGAGUUUGCUGCCUGUCUGUAUUCGUUAAAGUCUGGAAAAACUUCGACCUACAGCUCUCUGAUCAAUCCAGAUCAUUUGAUUUUUGGUCAUAACAGCGAAGCACGAGAUCACGCAGAGUCAACUCAUCAGUUGCCACUACCACCAAAUGCCAUGGGAGAGUCAGACAUGAGUAGACUCUAUUCUAAUAUAUUAGAAUACUUGCGAAGCUGCCAUAGCGACAAUCCCCAUGGGCCUUUGGUGGUCUUCACUAGCUCUGAAUUGAUGCCUGUGGUGAAGGGAUGUUUCCGUUACCUUUCAUGUGAUAUGGAUGAAGAAGAUAAACAGAAUAUCCUUGUCUACGACAUCCAAUAUCUAUUCUAUGUGCUGAAAAAAGAAGUUAUGGAAAUGGCCCAUUUGCCAUCGAAUACUAUCAAUAAAAGUAUUACGGAUACAAUUUUUGCCAAUGACUUUUUUGAAUAUCACUCGGGCAUCUCUUGUCAAUAUCAUGAGGAUAGAGACAGAUCCAAAUAUUGUACCCAAUCUAUGGUUGCCAGAUGGUCCUAUAUUCUCAGCGACCAUUUGUGCGGACAUCUUGCUAUAAAACUUUUGCUCGGCAAGCACCUGCCACCCAAGCAGGAACGCAAAUUUAAAGUGAUCAGCCCCAAUGUCGAUGACUCAAGCAGAAAUACUUCAUUUGUCUCAUGCAAAUCCGAAGUCAAGCAGGAAAAUAAAUUCGUGCCGACGGACCACCUAAUGUUUUCAGCGUCCGUUGAAAAUGCAAGCGAUUUCCCGUCACUAAACGCACGCAAACCUAGGGUUAAUCACCAGCCUUUAUCCGACUAUGUCACUGCCCAGGAACCAGCCAAAAAUGUGUGGAAUGUUUCUGCCUCAAAGCGAAGUGUCAAAGACGUAGAGGACUCAUUUAAUAUGUCCCGUCGUCACUAACAUAAAUUAAAACUAACAAUGAAAUUUAUAUAUCCAGUUAAGUACCGAUCUUACCAAAUGAUCAAUGAAUUUCUGUCUUUUGUAGAAUAGUUAUGCUUUCUUUAUUUACAUUUGCAAAAAUUAUGUUAAACAAUGAGCUGAACUCUAUAAUAUGAUUUAAUAAAGUUAACUUUGUUGGUCAAAGUUUAAUUAAAUUUAA